UUCAGUUCCAAAGUGGUAUCAUCGAGAUCUCCGGCAACAGAUGGCGGCGAUAGGAGCAUUUCUUUGCGGCUUAAAUCUGGCAGGGCGGUGGCUGUGAUGGAGGAGUCCUGACAAGCUACUUGAGUUGGGUUUCUGAUGGUGGAUAUGAAACAAGCCAACUUACCAAACAUUAAUUCUCAGGAACUGACGUAUUUUUACGUUUUAUUUAGGAUUUUUAUUGGAGGCCGCGAAAGCCUCGGACUCGAUUUAGUAAACUUUUUGGAGCCGAGCGGAAGAAGACGUUUGUAGGAUUGUGUUAAAACUCUCUUUAACUGUAUGUAAUUAAGUUUCUAGUUUUUGAGUAUUACCGUGUGCAAUUUAUAGAAUAAUUUAUGUUUAUUAUCCUUGUAAAAAGUACUUACGAUGCGAGGUAGAGAAGAAUUCCGGAGAAGCUAACUGCUAGUUAGCUACUAAUCGGUCAAUUGCUGCAUGAAUGAAUGAACUCUUGAUCACCUGUAUUAAAUAAGUGUUUACUGUUACUAAAAGAGCGCGUUGAGCGUCUGAGAGCGAAACUCUGCCCGGGAAGCUCUUCCUCAUCCAGUUAUCCACAAAUGGGCAGGAAUGCAGAGCUGGGAAGUUGGUGGACAGAGGGGAUGAUGGGACUGACUGUUGUCUCCUAAUGUUUAUAUGACUGGGAGUUAGCUAGCUAUAGAUAUAUGUACUACUUGGAUUUAGCAGUUAUAGUGUAAAGCUUAGGCCCACGUUGGAAUGGGGAAUACGGUGUCAUGCUGCGUCUCUCCCGAGUCCAGCCCCAAACUUCCUUUGAGGCAACCCGCGGAGCGGCUGGAGGAGUUCUGCACCAGCACCGAAGUGAGCGACGACAACACCGUACCCUACCUGCAGCACAUCAGCGACAGGGAGCUUCCCGAAGAACUGGCUUUGGAGUCAAACCCAUCAGACCACGCCCGAGCAAGCACCAUCUUCCUUUGCAAGUCUCAAACAGACGUUUCAGUUCGAGACAAGAGGAGAAGCAACCACAUAAACCAUAUCACUCAUGUGUCUCCUGGUCCGCUGUCCAAGAAAUACAGCUCCUGUUCCACCAUCUUUAUAGAUGACAGCACUGUCAGCCAGCCAAACCUCAAAAGCACAAUCAAAUGUGUCACUUUAGCAAUAUACUACCACAUCAAAAACAGGGACUCAGACAGGUCACUGGACAUCUUUGAUGAGAAGUUGCACCCUUUAUCAAGAGAGCCAGUACCAGAUGACUACUCAUAUGUCGACCCAGAACACAAGCUGAUUUACCGCUUCGUCAGAACGCUCUUCAGUGCUGCACAGCUCACAGCAGAAUGUGCUAUCGUCACACUUGUGUACUUGGAACGUUUGCUGACCUACGCAGAGUUGGAUAUUUGCCCGGCCAACUGGAAGCGUAUCAUCCUGGGAGCGAUCCUGUUGGCCUCAAAAGUGUGGGAUGACCAGGCCGUGUGGAAUGUGGACUACUGCCAGAUCCUUAAAGACAUCACUGUAGAGGACAUGAAUGAGAUGGAGCGCCAGUUCCUGGAACUCCUCCAGUUUAAUAUCAACGUUCCAGCCAGUGUCUACGCCAAGUAUUACUUUGACCUGCGGCAGCUGGCUGAUGACAACAAUCUCAGCUUCCCUCUGGAGCCUCUCAACAACCAGCGCGCCCAGAAACUAGAGGCCAUUUCUAGACUUUGUGAAGACAAGUACAAGGACUUGAGUCGAGCAGCCAUGAGACGAUCGCUCAGCGCUGACAACCUGAUUGGAGUUCGGCGCUCCAACGCCGUGCUCUCUUAGGUCGCACCGCUGACCUCCAAACAAACCCCGCCACCAACUCCGAACAAACACUCAUUGCAGCCUCAACGUGACCUGCUCACGUUACACUUCAGCUACUCGAAUAACUCAAACUUCACUACUCAGCUUCUCAUUAACACAUCUUUUAUUCAUUUAGUCUUUAUUUCUGAGGUGAAAUGUUAAAUAUUGGAGUUUAAAUGCAUGACUCAAAUGGUGGUUCAGUGGUUUGAGACUGUGGGUCUUGUUGUUUACAUGAUGUGAACUGAGUGGUGAAGGUAUUCUACUUUAAAGAGCAGGUCACCCCCUACCAAAGUAUGACUCCACUCCCACUUCCUGUUUGAAAAAUGCAACAAAUGCGGUUGCCUAGCAGACUGAGAGGGCGGAGCCGCUAACAAAUACACACACACAGGCUCACAAUGACAUUGUGACAUCAUAUGGUACCAUCUAACAUUCUAGGGUACCUCUUAGUCAAUAGUGAUGGCAGAUUUAAAUUCAACUGCUGUGCAGAGUUUUUACCAGACAACGGCACAACACUGACAGUUUUAGGCAGAAAAUUAAAAUUUAACAAAUGCACUAAAGUGCAAAACUGUUGACUACACGUGAAAAGUUGAUUUGGGGUGACUUACUCUUUAAACUCUAAAGCAUCAGGAUUCCUUCUGCUUUCAAGGUGCUCCAACUGUAACAAACACGGAGGCAUUUUAAGUCCAGAACGUUUUUUUUUGUUUGUUUUUUUUUUUUUCAUAUUUUCUGGGUUGAAAUAAACCAUUCAUGUUUAUUAACUACAUAUAUUCUCAAUUACAUCUAAACUAUGUGAAACAGGAGGUUUAGAACUUUAAAAAGGGUUAAAACACAGCAAAAGUACAUCAGUUAACCUCAUCAUUAAUAGAAGUGUUUUGGGUUGAAUUAGAUUUGUUCGAUUGGAAACCUCUCAGACAAAAGAAAAAUGUACUCGACCAGUAAAGUAAUAUUAUUACCCAAAGUUACUCUUUAUGAAGAGUCUGAUUUAUUUAGAGUAAAUCUGCAUCCAGCAUGUCUCAUAUAACAUAUUUAACAUUUAUUACUCCACAGGAAGUGGUGGUUGCAUUAUUAUAUAUCUGCUGCAGAUGUUCAGUCAGGACUCUUUACUGGUCCCAUAUCAGAUCUGCAGCUGCCAGGCUCAGUGUGGGGGUUCACUCACCUCAGAGCUAGCCGUAGACAAACCAUCCGCUUGGCCCAGACCCCGAUGACCACGAGCGUUCAAGGGGGGGUUGAUGGAUAACCCCCAACCUUUUUUGCUUACUGUGUAGGCUACUUACUAGCUGUAAAACUGUUGUUUUUAAUUGAAAACAAAUUGCAAAUGAAGUAUUUUAAAUAAACACUAAUAGUAUAACAGA